ACACCCACCACGAAACUGAGCUGAUUUUUUCUUAACCAAUAAAAUUCUAUUGGUUGCCAAAGUGCAGGGCCAUUUUUCAGUAGGCUAUAGGGAGACAGAGAAAAAAACAUCUAACCAGUCCCCGGUAAGUGUAUAUAUAUUACUGUUACUUUUACUUUUACUUUUACUGUUAAUUAUUACUACUACUUAAUAAUACUAGUAUACAAACAUAUAUAUCAUGUUUACCAGACCAGGAUUAAAUUUACUUAACAAAAGAGUAUUUGCUCAACAACAAAGAGGAUUUAAACAAUCUUCAAUGGUGAUGAACCAAAUCUUUGGUACUCCAGCAUCAGGUGUUUACUCCAAUAUACCAUUCAAAGUUAAGACUAAAUAUGUCCCAUUCAGACUUGCUUAUUGGGGAAUCUUAACUACUUUCUUCUUUUUCCCAUUCUUAACUUCAGGUUGGCAAAUGUAUAAGGCUGGUGACUUUGAUAAGAAGGAAGAAUAAAUGUUGAACUAUUGAUUGAAUUGAUUGAUUUAAUUUUUUUUAUAUUAUGAUAAUCCACUAACCGUAUACGACAAUUCCACUCCAUUCUUAUUAUUUUAACAGGCACAGGUCUACUCGACCAUUUUCAAUCCAUUGCAUAGCUGAUAGUUCUUUUUUAAUUUUUCAUUUAUUUCCCGUCUCGAUGACUUACCAUCAAUCUAUUCCGUAUUCCGUAUUCCAUACCAAAGGUUACUCCAACUAUAUAGCUUAGUAGUUACUAUGUAUGAAAAUAUACCUGUCUACGAAAUUUUUGAUUAAUUAUUAUUAUUAUGUAAUUAUUAUUAUUAUUAUUAU